CCAGCCCAGCACGAGGAGAGAAGCGCCAACAGAAAUCUCACAGGUGUCGAGGAAGUGAGAAAACUGUUGCUCUGUGGAAGAAGAUCAUUAGGGACUGAAAAAAUAUCCCUGAAAAAAAUCUCGAAUUAAGAUUUGGCAUAUGUAAACAUGACUUAAAUACGACAAAAUCUACUUGUAGCUACAAUAAUGACGGCAGUUUUAUUUUAUGCAUUUGUUUCGUGUUUAUUGCUUGACAAAAUCAUUUGUCGCGCAUUGAUUGAUGAAAAAAUGACUCACGCUCUGGUUCAAGUGUAGCAAUCUUGACAUUAUAGGCUACUGAAAAUAUAGUUUAAAGAGUUCUAUUGCGCCUUUUUUGUUCGGAAUAUUAGUUUGGACAUUUUGCAGUCUAUUGCUUAUCCAUAGACCAAAGAUAUUUUGCGCAGAGGUCGUCUCGAAGGGAAGACAUUUGCAAACUGUAAAAAAAAACAUUUUCUCCCGAGUUCUGGGUCAGUCAGUGUGGAGGACUGGAACGCGUUUAUCCUCGGGUUACGCGGCACCGCGAAGAUUAGAGUGGAGAAUCGCACACUAUUCACCAGAAAGACAGCGGGGGAGAAAAGAUUGAAGAAUUGAAUGUCCCCUCUGCCAAUCCUUGGAGCACUGGAGUAAUGUCUGCAUGUAAGGAAAGAGACUGUCUCCGGAGGGACUAGUCUCCAAAAAACAAGACCACUUCCCAUCUGUGUGAGAUAUACCCACGCUUUUUUGGCACAAUUCUCUGGCCAUCAUUUCCAAACCUAGGAAGACGUGGAAUCUCCCAUUUUCUUACCUGCCUAGGAGUGAUAAAAGAGGCAUCUUUGUGUGUCUGGUCCAGCCACUGAGGAGAAGCGGUUCAGUGUUUCUCUACUGUUAGCCUGUCCACUAAAAAACAUUUUGCCUUUCCAGCUGAUGCUCAGUGCACCCAGUGCGGCCAUAUUUUAUUUGGGCUCACAUUCGCCAGGCUGCUUUACCUCAGAUCUUUGAAUUACUUUGUGGCUUCGCUGAGCAGUGCGUGUGUGCUUGAGAUUUUUGUGUGUGGGCAGGGGGAAAUUUUUACAGGAAAUUAAAGAAAAAAAAAUCUGACUAACAAGGAAAAGUGACCCAAUGGCCAGUUUUUAAGGAAACGGAAGAGGGAGCAACUUUUCAUUGAUCACCCUACAUCCAACCUGGCUGGCACCAUUCCAACCAAAAGGGAGGAGGACUUCCUCACGCUGGCCGCCUCCCGGCUGAGCCGCAGGAAGCGUGUCAUCGGAGCGGCGGUGGGCGUGGCCAUGGUGUUGGUGCUGCUGGUCGCCAUCCCGUUAUUGGUCCACAGCACGAAAGCGGGUAGCGCCAGAGGCGGGGACACCCACUACGAAAUGCUGGGCAGCUGCCGGAUGGUCUGCGACCCCUUCACGCCCCCGCAGAGUGGCCACGAGCUGGCCGUCGUCUCCCCGCCACCCCCGGACUUCACGGGACGUAGGGGGAAGUCCGGAUUCCGCGGGAGCCCUGGUCUGCCAGGACCCCCUGGACCUCGCGGUCCCCCCGGAGAGCCGGGUAAGCCGGGCCCCCCGGGCCCCCCUGGGCCGGGACCUGGAGGAUACGUACCUUCCCUCUACAGCCCCAAAAUCGCCUUUUACGCUGGCCUCCGCAAGCAGCAUGAGGGCAGCGAGGUGCUCAAGUUUGACGACGUGGUCACCAACGUGGGCAACUACUACGAGCCCACCACCGGCAAGUUCACCUGCCCGCUGCCAGGCAUCUACUACUUCACCUACCACGUACUGAUGAAGGGGGGGGAUGGCACCAGCAUGUGGGCGGACCUGAAGAAGAAUGGGCAGGUGAGGGCCAGUGCCAUCGCGCAGGAUGCUGAUCAGAACUAUGACUACGCCUCCAACAGUGUGAUCUUGCACCUGGAUGUGGGGGAUGAGGUGUGUGUGCAGCUGGACGGGGGGAAAGUGCACGGGGGCAACACCAACAAAUACAGCACCUUCUCCGGCUUCCUCAUCUACCCGGACUGAUCCUGGCCACCUUCUCACUCAUGCACACAACCUUCUCCGGCUUCCUCAUCUACCCAGACUGAUCCUGGCCACCUUCUCACUCACGCACAUGCACGUACAGACACACACACACGCAUGUACAAACACACACACACACACACACGCUGGUACAGACACACACGCACAUACACGUACAGACACACACCC